CUAAUACAUUCCACAUUAGAUUCAUGAAUAUUCGACGUAUACCACAUUGGUAUAAACUGUUAUUCGAAUCCUCAUCACCCUAAUACAUUCCACAUUAGAUUCAUGAAUAUUCGACGUAUACCACAUUGGUAUAAACUGUUAUUCGAAUCCUCAUCACCCUAACACAUGGUAUUCCACAUUGGUAUAAACUUCAAGCUCAUUAAAGCGAUUUUAUUUUGAUAGGACAUGUAAAAAUAUAAUUAAAAAAUCGUUAUUAAACCACUCCCCAUCAAUUCGAGUUAUAUAUAUACAGUUAACCAUGAAUCGGAGAAACACAAAAUAACACAACCCAGAAAGAAAGAGAAGGUAAGAGAAACCACGAAAGAAAGAUGAAGGUGAAAGUAGAAAUUACCACCAUCCUCAAACCAACUUAUGAACCCACAUCUCCUCCUCCUCCUCCAUCAACCAACGUCCCUCUCACCGUCUUCGACAAGGCCACCUACGACACCCACGUCGCCGUCAUCUACGCCUUCCGCCCACCAACUCCCCCCAACGCCACCAUCAAGCUCGGCCUCCAAAAAGCCCUAGCCGAGUACCGCGAGUUCGCAGGAAGGCUAGGGCGCGACGAGAAAAACGGAAACCCUAAGCUCAUCCUCCUCAACGACGAGGGCGUCAAGCUCGUUGAAGCCAGCACCGAUGCCCGGCUCGACGAGGUCAUGAUGCCCUUGUUGACGCCGUCUCCGGCCACGUGGAGCCUCCACCCGGGGCUGAAGGGCGUCGAGGAGCUGGUUCAGGUCCAGCUCACGAGGUUCGGAUGUGGCUCCCUCGUCGUCGGGUUCACAGCUCAUCAUUUGGUUGCUGAUGGUCGUUCCACCAGCGAGUUUCUCGUUGCGUGGGGUCGGGCUUCUCGCGGCCUCGACGUCGGUCGUUCGCCGUUUCGUGAUCGGACGAUCUUCGCGCCACGGAAGCCUCCUGUGGUCGAGUAUGAGCACAGAGGAGUCGAGUACAAAUCCAAGAAUCGAGCUAGUUCGAGUCAGACUCGUUCCGACGAGAAUUUGAAACCAGAUCCCAAACCCCUCGUCGUCUUCCACAAGCUUCAUUUCACACUCGAUUUCUUAUCCAAGUUGAAGUCAAGGUGUUCCGCCUCAUCAACCAAACCGUACACCACGUUCGUCUCCGUGGCGGCUCACCUCUGGCGAACCGUAACCAAGGCCCGUACCCUGGCCGGGUCCGAGUCGACCAGGAUCCGAAUCUCGAUCGACGGUCGGACCAGGAUGGUCAACGACCCUCAAAUUCCCGACGACUACUUCGGCAACUUGGUGCUAUGGGCGUUUCCAACCUCCCGAGUGGACGACCUCCUUACGCAACCGCUGCCCUACGCGGCGAAGCUGAUAAACGACGCCGUGGUGGGAGUCGACGACGGCUACUUCAAGUCGUUCGUUGACUUCGCCAGCCACGUGGACGUUGAGAAGGAAGGGCUGGUCCCCACCGCGGAUGUGAGCAGAUCCGCGCUGUCCCCGGAUCUGGAGGUGCACAGCUGGCUGAGGUUCCCGUUUUACGACCUGGAUUUCGGCGGCGGCUGUCGUCCUUGCGUGUUCAUGCCGUCGUUUUUUCCGACGGAAGGGGUGGUGAUUCUGCUGCCGUCGUUCGUCGGCGACGGGAGCGUGGAUGCGUUCGUGCCGCUUUUCCGGGAGGAUUUGGACGCGUUUAAGGAAGUCUGCUACCUGCUGGAUUAAUUAAUAGAGACGUAUACACUUGCUUUGUAAUACAUAUUCAGCAAGUUU